AUGACCACCCCCCUGCCGCGCUCGACCUCUUUCAGCCAGGCUGCCGUAGGAAUGUCUCCAUUGUCAACUCCACAAUUUGCAGAGAACCAGCCGCUGCAGAUUUUGAGCAUCCCGAAGAGGAUCCCGUUGGCUGACCGCCAAACCCACGGGAUGAGGAACAUCCUCACCCCCGCCCCCGUAGGCUGGGGGGGUCACAACCGCGCUGUAUCCAUGCCGAGCUUCGCCGCAGGAUUCUCCGAGCCCCUUCCCGCGGGGUUCUUCGCCCCUACCCGAAACACCUUAAGGGAUGAGAUCUCCUCGCUCAUCGAUGCUGAGUUCGGACCCGCCCCACGGGAAGAUCGCAUCAAAGAUAAGACCUCCCCAUGGGACGAUGGCCUCGCGCCUCCAGCCGCUGAGAAGGCGACCUCGAACGUCUCUAUGAGCGGGAUGACGAACACUACGAGCUCUACGGAGCAGUUUCGCCGUGCUUUGGAACAGGACUACGUUCCAACGUCGCCGAGCUUUUCUGGACUUGAUCUUCCUGCCGCAGAGCAUCCCUCCCGCGAGCCAAGCCCCAUGAGCAUCGCACACCGGUCUAACUCUGUUGACGACGGCAGCAACACCGCGGGACCCUACGAGGGGACCUCCGUUGUCGACUUCGCGGAUGAAGAAUACGAUGCCCGCGACACCGAGUCUGCUGACAACGCGCGUGAUGCUAGGUUCCAGGACGCCUACAACAGGGCAAUCUCUGCGGCCCGUGAGGCUUGCCGGCUUGCUAAGAGGACCCUCAACCUUGACGUUGCAGAACGCCGUAUGGACGACCUCAACAGGGGGCUUACCGACAUCAUCAAUGAGGAGUACGAGUCUAUUAAUGAACUCCGCCUCCUCAUAGACGCCUAAAUGAGCUCUGCAUCCCACGGCACCACGGCGCGUUUUGUCCCACGGCAUCACUAAGCGUUUGCUUCUCCGGCACUGUUCCUGUUUUUUUUUCUCCUCUUCCUGUUUCCCCCGUGGCGCUGUUCAUUUUGCAACUUAUCCUUGGCCUGCGGCACUAUGUUUCUUCUCUGCUUCCGUGGCGCUCCUACGAUCGCGACGUUUGUUUUGUUUUCCGCGAGCUAAGAUCUGCCUACGGGCUUUAUAGAUUUCAAAUUAAAAGAAACCAAAAUCUUUAUA